GUGUGCAUGUGUCCCAGGUUAUUACUGUAGUUUCAUCAUGUUCGCUAGUUAUUUGCACAAAUCACACAUGGAAAGUCUUGCCUGCCUACUGUUAAACUGAACUUUCAUGUAGAGAGCCUAAUCCACUGAUCUGGGGUCAGUCUAUGUGUCUCUGCAGGUACAGUUCACGAUCACAACUGACUUUGACCUGAACUCCAAUGGAGUCUGAGGUAGGUGUGAUAGGGGAAUUUGGUCUGCCAAGAAUAAGGCUGGCCAAUCAGAAUCCUUCUUUGCAAUAGUCCCUCCCUCUGUCUGACAGGCACCAGAGCAGGAAGUAAAGUUGAAUGACGGGUUGGUUCUCUAUUCUUUGCUAGGCAGACCAAUGUGGGAUACUUUUGUUAGAAACAUUUUGAAAUACAGUGUUUUGUCUAAUGAGGAAAACAGUUUGUGUUAAAGUGAAACUUGUGAGCCUGAAAAAUCUUGUGGUGAGUGCAAUUCUUUUGACAGACGGACUCAAACUCUUAGGCUGCUGCUGAAAGUGAAAGUGAAGCUGGUGAAAUUGCUUUCAGAGGAGAGAGACUUUACUGCAGAGACAAAAUGGCUUCUAAACUGGAAGAGGAUCUCACAUGUGCUGUGUGCUGUGACAUCUUCAAGGAUCCCGUGUUGUUGACCUGCACUCACAGUGUGUGUAAAACCUGUCUGCAGCAGUUCUGGGAGAGUAAAGGACACAGAGAAUGUCCCUACUGCAGGAGGAAGUGCUCAAAAGAAGAAUAUCCCCUUAACAUGGCAUUAAGGAACCUGUGUGAGACCUUCUUACAGGAGAGAAGUCAGAGAGCUUCAGCAGGGUCUGUGGUGCUCUGCAGUCUGCACAGUGAGAAACUCAAGCUAUUCUGUCUGGAGGAUAAGCAGCCUGUGUGUCUGGUGUGUAGAGACUCUAGGAAACAUAAAAAUCACACCAUCAGUCCCAUAGAUGAAGCAGCAAUUGACCGUAAGGAAGAGCUCAAGAUCAAACUGCAGCCCUUACAGAAGAAACUGAAGACCUUUGAAGAAGUCAAACUCAUCUGUGACCAAACAGCAGCUCAUACUCAAACCCAGAACACAGAAAAGCAGAUCAAGGAGGAGUUUGAGAAUCUUCACCAGUUUCUACGAGAUGAAGAGGCAGCCAGGAUAGCUGCACUGAGGGAGGAAGAGGAGCAGAAGAGUCAGAUGAUGAAGGAGAAGAUUGAGAAGAUGAGCAGAGAGAUCUCAUCUCUUUCAGACACAAUCAGAGCCAUAGAAGAGGAGAUGGGAGCUGAUGACAUCACAUUCCUGCAGAACUACAAGAGCACAGUGGAAAGAGCCCAGUGCACACUGCAGGAUCCAGAGAGGGUUUCAGGAGCUCUGAUCAAUGUGGCAAAGCACCUGGGCAACCUGAAGUUCAGAGUCUGGGAGAAGAUGCAGGAGACUGUUCAGUACACUCCUGUGACUCUGGAUCCCAACACUGCACACCCACAACUCAUCUUGUCUGAGGAUCUGAUCAGUGUGAGACGUGUUGAUGAGAAGCAGCAGCUUCCUGAUAACCCAGAGAGAUUUGAUUACUAUGGCAAUGUCCUGGGCUCUGAGGGCUUUAACUCAGGGACUCACUGCUGGGAUGUGGAGGUUGGAGAGAUCACAGAGUGGGAUGUGGGUGUGAAGACAGCGUCGACCCAGAGGAAGGGACAAUAUGACUAUGUGAGUGGAGUGUGGCGUGUGUGUCGUAUAGAUGGUAAAUACUGGGCACGUGCUACUCCACAGUCUGACACUCUCCUCCCAGUGCAGCAGAAACUCCAGAGGAUCAGAGUGCAGCUGGACUGGGACAGAGGAGAGCUGGCAUUCUCUAACCCUGAUAAUAACAUACACCUACACACUCUCACACACACUUUCACUGAGAGAGUGUUUCCAUACUUUAACAUUCCCUGUAAUAUCGCUCCUCUAAGGAUCCUACCAGUGAAGGCCUCAAUAACAGUAAAGCAGCAUAGUUAGAGCCCAUUCUGCCUCUUAACCAGAAUCAUUUAAAGCUGAACUAUUGUGCUGGAUGAUUUAAUAAAUCAGUAACCACUACAUGUAUGUGAUCAUGUGACUUAAUAAAUCAGAAACCACUACCAUGUGA